AUUCCAACAAAUACUCAAGUCAAUUAAUUCAUUGCAUUCAAUUAACGUUCGCUGACGUUCAAUUUUGUUUGCAUCAUUGUGAUUGUAUUGAUUCAAUAAUAACAACUAGUUGGUUUCUAUGUGAUUGUGUGUGUGUGUGUGUGCAUUUGUCUUUGAAUUGAAGUGAAAAGCGAGUUGGUUUACAACAUCUUUUACCAGUUUGAGUUCGCCAGUCAAAGAUUGCACAUACAUUGAGGCAUACGGUUCGUUUACAAUUCACACAGCAAACUACUAUUGUAUACAAUUUUCAAAUAUUAAGACCUCAAAUGUUUGCAUAAAUGUCGUGGAAAAAAAUCAAUUCUAUCCGUACAAAAAAUGUAACAGUGGUGUUUGAAUCGUGUUUAUUUUAAAAACAAAAUUAUUUUCGGAUGAAAAAAUGCAUGUUAUUCAGUGCAACAAUACAAUUAAUUGUAUCAUCUUAAUCAAGCCUAUAAAAAACGAACUGAUACAACGAAAACAACAACAUCCGCCUAGCGCUAGCUAUAAUUAACUAAUCUGGCGAUAGAGUCGAUAAUGAAACUAAAAAUGGCAAUUAAUUCAGUAGAAAUUCCAUCAAUUAAUCGAUUAAAUUUGAAAUGGUUUACUGAAUUAAUUGUUAUUUGCUUAUUAAUUGAUUUGAGUUUGGUGGUUGGACAUUCGGAAUAUGACAAAGAACAACAGCAUCAACAAAAUUAUCAUUAUCAUCAACAUAGCAAUCAUAUUUGCAAUCAUAAACACCCAAAGGCACACGAUGUGAUUUAUGGUGCAAAGGUCCACAAUGAGCCACCACAUAUUGUGCACAAACGCAGCAUCGACACAGCUGUUCGAAUUUUACUUUAUUAUGAUGAAUCCGUUUAUAGAUUAAGUGCUGAAAAGUUCACAUUAAUUAAUAAAACAAUUCUUCCACAAGCGGUUCAAUUUUGGGAACAAACACUAAUGGUUCGUCAAACGAAAGAAGUCAUUAGAUUAAAUAGAAAAUGUGAAAGUAGCCAAAUAUUCGUGAAAAAUACGGUGACACAUUGUAUUGAUUCUUGCAAAAGUGUGACAAUGUGCGGUGAAGUUGAAGUACCGGAGAAGCAUUUGGACGUUUGCCGGACCUGCAAUGCAACCGGACAUGAAUGUAAGGAGAAUUCAGCCGCUGGUGAAGCUGGCGAAGGUAUUCAUAAUGCUGAUUUUAUAUUUUAUGUGUCGGCACGACAAACGGAACGAUGUCACAAAGGAUUAACCGUAGCAUAUGCUGCUCACUGCCAACAAGAAUCAGUUUUAGAUCGGCCGAUCGCUGGGCAUGCCAAUUUAUGUCCAGACUCAAUCAGUACAAAGCCUCAAGAGUUGGAUACACUACUGUCAACGGUUAAACAUGAAAUAUUACACGCUUUAGGAUUUAGUGUUUCGUUAUAUGCAUUCUUCAGAGAUGAAAAGGGAACACCAAGAACCGUACGUAAGCCUGAUACUGGAAAACCAUACUUGGACGAAAAAUUACAGAUUCAUAAAUGGGGUGAGAGUACAAUUAAAAAAGUGACACGAAAUGAUUGGUCUGUCAAAGGUGGUCGUAUCAAUCGAACAGUUGAUAUGAUGGUCACUCCAAAUGUGGUUAAGGAAGUGCGAGAUCAUUUUGCUUGCGAUAAACUUGAAGGUGCAGAACUCGAAGAUCAAGGUGGUGAAGGUACUGCACUGACCCAUUGGGAGAAACGAAUUCUUGAGAAUGAAGCAAUGACGGGAACACAUACACAAAGUCCAGUCUUCUCGCGUAUUACAUUGGCUUUGAUGGAAGAUUCAGGGUGGUACAAAGCGAAUUAUUCAAUGGCAUCACCAUUAAGCUGGGGAAAGGGACUUGGAUGCACUUUUGUUAUGAAAAGCUGCAAAGAUUGGAUUUAUGCGCAAACAGCAAAGGGCCGAUCAAUCCACCCAUUUUGCUCGAAAGUGAAACGAGACCCACUGCAAACGGAAUGCACAGACGAUCGAAACUCGGUGGCUCUUUGUAAUCUAAUUCGCCACGAAUAUCCAUUACCAAAAAUGUAUCAAAACUUCGAUUUUAUCAACAAUGUCAAACAGGGUGAAGAAGAGUAUUACGGUGGGAGUGUAACUUUGGCCGAUUUUUGCCCAUUUAUACAAGAGUUCACAUGGCGAAGUAAAAAUGUAAUUGUUCGCGGAUCUCAAUGCCAAUUCGAAGACAAUAAUCCAAAGCCAGAGAAAAAUUUUGCACUCGAAUCGUACGGAAAUCAUUCAAAAUGUUUUGAUCAUACGGAUAAUAUGUGGGAGGAGCGUUCUUGUCGACAGACUCGUGAAUGGCAACACUGGGGCUCUGGAUGUUAUCAGUAUAAAUGUCAGAAUGGCCGCUUGCAUAUUUUGGUCACAAAUUAUUCUUACGAGUGCUUUCAUCCCGGUCAAGAGAUUAAUGUUCGCGUUAAGUCUGGCGGCUGGCUACAUAGAGGUGCCAUUCGUUGUCCGCCAUGCCAUGAAAUUUGUGGCAACGAAUUUGCAUUGAAAAAUCAAACGUGCAAACUAAGCGAGGAGGCUCCACCAUCAAAUGUUUUCCACAAAGACGAACUUCAUUGUUCACAAGCAUCCAUUCCAAAUCAACUGUCGUAUACAUUCCUUUCGAUUGCAAUCAUCAUAAUGUGCAUGUAAUUCCAAGUUAACUUUCAUGUUUCAUGGUAGCAAUCGGUGUUCUUCUUUUUUGUGAUUACAUAUACAAUACACAUCUGUUAUGUGGACGAUAUUAUGUAUAUGUGUUGAAAAUAUUCAAUUGUAUUAAGUUAUAUUUUAUUUGAAACAUUUAAUUUAGCUGUAAGCUGAAAUAUUGUGCAAACCUGAAUAGUGUUUUAGAAAAUAUAUAUAUAGAACAAAGAA